AUGACUUCCAUUCACGAAAAAUCCCCGCAAACAGUCGAGGCUGCAGAGAGCAAUGCCGAGCAGUUGAAGGAGAUCUCCGCACAACCUACUGGCCCGGCAUCGGAACGCCAGAAGUGGUAUCAGUGGUUUGCGCCAACUGAUACACCCGCCGAGCGACGUUUGAUUCUCAAACUGGAUGGUUUAAUUAUUGUGUUUGUGUUUUUGGCAUACUGGGCAAAGGUGUUGGAUUCGUCCGCCACAAGUACGGCAUAUGUCAGUGGGAUGAAGGAGGAUCUGAAGUUAUAUGGAAAUCAGUUGAACUAUCUGAAUACCGUCUAUAUGGUUGGAUUCAUCACCAUGCAAAUACCUUUGACACUUGUGCAGACCUACUCUGGGGGGGUAUUCACCCUUGCGCAGUACAAAGCCAGCAAUGUGACUCAGCUAUAUGCCCUGCGCUUUUUCGUCGGAGCACUCGGUGGCUUCUUCUUCCCUGCAGUACAAUGGUACUUAGGCAGUUGGUACAAGCGCUCAGAGCUUUCUCGCAGAGGUGCUAUCUUUUUCAUUGCUAGCCAAGUCGGUAGUAUGAGCUCUGGAUACAUCCAGGCAGGCGCUUACGCUCGUCUGGAUGGGCGGUAUGGAAUUGAAGGUUGGAGAUGGCUCUAUAUCAUCUGCUUUGCGUGCACCAUUCCAAUUGCCUUCAUGGGACUCUGUCUGCUACCUAGCACUCCCGACAAAUGUCGCUCUCGAUUCCUAACCCAAGAUGAGAUUCUCCUUGCCCAGGAACGCAUGGCAUCUGAGAAUCGCGAACCCCGUCAGCCUUUCACCGUGCCGAGAGUCCUUCAGAUUCUGAAGGGAUGGCGACUAUGGGUCCUCGUUGCAUUCGCCUUUUUCUUCUCCCAAGCCGACGGCGUUUUCUCCAACAGUGGUCUUUCCUUGUGGCUGAAGGCAGAAGGGUAUUCAGUUGGAAGCAUCAAUACCAUCGCCACGGUGUCGCCUGCUGUUACCAUUGUCUCUUCGAUUAUCUGCGCUGUGCUUUCUGACGUAUACAACGCGAAAGCUAGCCUCAUCGCCGUUACUGCGGUGCUCAACAUCUUUGCCUGUGUUGUUCUGGCAAUCUGGAACGUACCGGUCGGACUCAAGUUCUUCGCAUUUUUUCUUUCUGGAACAGCCGACGGCAUUGCGGCUAUCAUCUAUGCGUGGGCCAAUGAAAUUUGUGCUCACAGCGCAGAGGAGCGCGCGUUGGUGAUCAGUGCCAUGAACACCAUUGGUAACACCUUCGGAGCUUGGCUUCCUCUUUUCGUCUGGAAAACUGUCGAUGCACCUCGAUACCUCAUUGGGUACAAUUGGACCAUUGCGCUUGAUGUGUGCAUGCUGCUCAUGCUUGUUGUUUUGCAGCAUUUCUGGACUCGCGAGCAGAGAAUUUCGCGAUCCUAA